AAAUUUUAGACGUGGUACAAAGCUAGUUGUCAUAUUUUCAUACCAUUCGAUUUCGAUACAGUAGGUAAUAACUACAUUGAGUACAUUUCCUAAAAUUACAAAGUAAAAUGUCUAGUUUCUAUAGAUUAGAAAGCAAACUCCAAAGAUCCAAAUCUAUGGGAGCUUUGAACGAUUUAGAUACUAACUGUGCCGAUUCUAAGAUUGUGAAUUGUUUCGCCAACUAUAGUGAUAAUUGUAAUGAUCGUAAUGGCUCGUCGAGCGGGUUGGAAAAGCUGCUGGACAGUUUGAACAAUUCUCACAGGCAGAUCUUGGAUUUAAAACAAAAAAAUCGAGUGUUGAAAGGUAUGGUGAAACAACAGCAGAGUAUAUUAAAAUUAAUAAAAGAAGACACAAAAAUAUCUUACAGACGCAUAAUCACGAACUUUUUAGAGGAAUCCAUGAAAAGACUGGAUGAGCUAGAACAUAACGUUGAAGGCAAGGAUCAUUGUGAAAACAAGCAAGCAAGGAGCCUCUUGGCGGCCAUCGAGGGUAAACACUCACAAGCUGAUGUGGUCCUGAGAGAUGCUCGUACACAGUUCGAGAACGAGUUACGGGAAAGUUUCGGGGAACAAAUUCGAAAACGACUCAUGGCUGAUUUAGAAAAAAGAAUCGAAAAAACAAUGUUACUGGAGUCCACCUCGGUGCGACCACCUGACUUUGCAUGGGAAAGUUCCAAACAUAAGCCACAUUUGGACCUCGACAUAUUUGAUCCUCCGCGGAAUUGGUGGGAGCUCCGUGAAAAGUUGGAUUUCGAACAUUUAAAGCGCGAAGAUUUCUUCCGUGGCACACUGGGGCCUAGCAAGCUGAAUCCCUUGAGCCUAGAAACCGAGUACCUGUAUGCGGAAGAACAGAACUUGCCCCCCAGCCCACCGCAGCCGACGGACCCUGGAAUAUCCGUUGUUGAUCAUUUGAUGCAGUCAGCUCUAAUCAACAAAAAAAUCUCAGAGGGGGACCUCAACGGGUCCUUCGAAGAGGCUCUCUCGCACUGCAACCUGGCCCUAGUGAUGACCGCUUGCAGAGCCGUGGACCCUGCCGAAGUGUUCAGCCCGUGCUGCUUGACGCAGUCGGUGUUGCUGUCGCUGGUGCAGCAACUGGCUACUGACAUGGUGCACGACACCCAGCUCAAAUGCAGAUACUUGGAAGAAGCUCUGAUAAACCUGGAUGUGUCAGAUCAAGUUACGCGGGUGCAUUUGCCGCUAGUCGUUAGAGAAGUUCACGAGCACCUCUCAAAAUUUGUUCGCGACUACCCUCACCAUGUCGCCAAUCGUCGGGUAUCUUUAAUUAUUAUGGCUGCUGAAAAUUUGAUUAAAUAAAACUAACUAAAGUAACUUAUUAUCUAUGUCUUAUCCGUUUUUGUUUUUCUGGUUAUUAAAAAACACCGAUCUCUAAAUAAUCUGUUAUAUUAG